AUGUUUUUGCGCAAGAAGAAGUUUGUUCACCUAUACGAUAAUGUGAUCAACUGGGAUGACUCUGAAGAUUGGGAUUUGGAAAAUGAUAUCGAGCUUCCAUCUGACCUGGACGUUGAUCCCGUGUUUCCUGAUCUGUAUGAAUACCAUGAGCCAGCCGUUAUAUUUGGGGAUUCGUUCUUUGUUAACCAAGCAUCUUCACCCACUGACUGGGGUGACUAUGAAGAGGCGAAUCAUGUGGAUCCAUGGCAGCAUAAUUGGGGAAAUGCAUUUCCUAAUGGAGCUCCCAUUGGAUGGACAGGAUUUGGUAAUAAUACAAGGAACUUCAAUGAUGGAAGUGAGUAUGCACCGUGGAUAGGUGGUUGGAAUAAUACGUGGGGAUGGAAUUACUCUCAUUAUCCUUACAAUUAUGGAGUCGAACCUGCAAAUGUUAAUGAAAGGAGCAGUAAUGGAGUGCAAGGAAUAUGUGACGUGAACACUGCUGCGCAGGUUAAUGCUGGUAAUUACAUCUCGUGGAACAAUGAGGGGCAACAGAGAGCAACAUAUAGGAGAAAUCUCGAAUGCUGA